AUGGCGGCGCGGUGGAGCAGCGAAAAUGUGGUUUUGGAGUUUCGGGACGCGCAGGCCACCACCAUGUCCGUGGACUGCCUGGGCUCGCACGCUGUGCUUUCCGGGCGGCGUUACCUCUACGUGGUCAAUUUGGAGGCGUCGUCAGAGCUGGCCGGGAAGAUGUCUCGCCAGAGCAAAUGGGACGUGGGCACAGUCCAGUGGAACCCUCAUCGCUCGCAGGCGCACGUCUUUGCCGCGUCGAGCAACCAACGCGUGGACUUGUACUCGUGGAAGGACGGGGGAGGAGGCGUCCGCACGUCGCUGCAAGGACACACGCGUGUAAUCAGUGAUCUGGACUGGUCGUGCUUUGAAGCCGACUUCCUGGUCAGCAGCUCGGUGGACACCUUCAUCUACAUCUGGGACGUCAGAGACGCCCGCAAACCCGCCGUGGCACUGUCUGCUGUCGCUGGUGCGUCGCAGGUGAAAUGGAACCGCGGGAACGCCAACGUGCUGGCGUCCAGUCACGACGGAGACGUGCGCAUCUGGGACAGGCGGAAAGGCGACACAGCCUGCGAGUACCUGGCGGCGCACCUGUCCAAAAUCCACGGGCUGGACUGGCACCCGGAGCACGAAUUCAUGCUGGCCACCAGCAGCCAAGACAACUCUGUCAGGUUUUGGGACUACCGCCAGCCCAGGAAGUACCUGGACAUUCUCUCCUGUCAAGUUCCUGUCUGGAAAGCCAGAUACACGCCCUUCUCCAACGGGCUGGUGACUGUGAUGGUUCCACAGCUGCGCCGUGAGAACAGUCUUCUUCUGUGGUCCACACUGGACCUCAACAGUCCGGUCCACGCCUUCGUGGGGCACGACGACGUCGUCCUGGAGUUCCAGUGGAGGCCGCAGAAAGAAGGUUAUAAAGACUUCCAGCUGGUCACGUGGUCCCGAGAUCAGACCUUGAGGAUCUGGAGACUAGACCCGCAGCUUCAGAAGCUGUGCGUCGGCGACUUGACUGGCGACCCGACGGACGCCACGUCUCUCAACGUCGAGACGGACAAGUCGCCGGUGUCCGAAGGCCCGCGCGGCAGAAUUCCUUUAGUGCAACAUCCGGACGGGGUGGGACAUCAGGAUGCCGUCUCAAAUCGGGGCGGCGCUCAGGACUCAGCGUCUUCGGGUCUGGCUCAGACGCUCCAGCAAGAAUUUUCUUUGGUCAACCUGCAGAUUAGGAACGUCAACGUAGAGAUGGACGCCGUGAACUGCAGCUGCGUGGUGUCGGCGCACUUCGGGAGUCACCAGGUCCGACUGCUCAUCAAGUUCCCGGGACAGUACCCCAACAACUGCGCGCCCGCCUUUCAGUUCGUCCCGCCCACCAGCAUCUCCGCCGCUAUGAAGACGAAGAUCCACAAAAUCCUGACGGACGUGUCCCUGCAAAAGGUGAAACGGAACCAGAACUGUCUAGAACCUUGCGUCCGGAAGUUGGUGUCCUGUCUGGAGUCCCACGCGGAGGACAGUCCGUCCUCAGGACCCUUCGUCUUGUCCAAUCCGGUGGCGCCAACGUUGCAGGCCUUCCCGCGAGUCACUAACACCUAUGGAUCCUACCAGGACGCCAACAUCCCAUUCCCGCGCACGUCGGGGGCUCGCUUCUGCGGCACGGGCUGCCUGGUUUACUUCACCCGACCCAUCGGCAUGCACCGCGCAGUUCCCGCCGCCGAGCCCACGCCCAGGUCGUUGUCGGCGCUGUCAGCCUACCACAGCGGCGUCCUGACGCCCAUGAAGAUUCGCUCGGAGUCUCAGAACACGCUCAGACUGUACGGCGGCAGCCCAACUCGAGCGGACAAAGACACUGUCUCCAUUUCGUCCUUCUACUACAAAGAGCGGAAAUCUCGGCGUUACAAGACCAAACGUGACGGCGCAGACUGCGGCGUCCGCUCCAUUAAGUUGGCGGGAAAGGUCAUCAUCCAGGAAAUCUCCUGUCUGCUGCCCAUCCACAAAGUUCUGGGAGAAAAUUACAUCUUGAACAUGCGUGACACCGAGGACACGUGUCAGAAGAACGCCGCCGCCGCCCUUGCCGCUGGACGCAGGGACGUGGCCAAGGUGUGGGCUCUAGCCUCGGCAGCCACCGCUCAGGAGCUGAAUCCCGACCCGGACCCGGAUGCAGAUACCCCCUGGGCCAGUCAUCCUUUUGGACGCCACCUACUGGAGACACUCGUGGACCACUACAGUCACAUGAGCGACGUGCAGACGCUUGCUAUGAUGUGCAGCGUUUUCAGCGGCUCCGACGCCGACCCACCGCCACCGUCGUCCCGCCAAGCUGCUCUCCCUCCCUACACUCGCUAUUCCGGCUCCAGCGAAUCGACGGCGUCCGGGAGCCGAGACCCUGUUGAACCCCGCGGCGAGUCCCCCGACGGUGCACGGCACGGUAACCGGGGACAGCACGGCGAUCCCCGGGAGCGCGAGCGGCACGACCUCAACAAAAGACUUUUGGACCCGGCCAACGCGCCGCAGUUUGACGACUUCAAGAAAUGUUACGCGGAAAUUCUCUACCGCUGGGACCUCCGAGACAAACGGGCCGACGUGCUGAAGUUCGCCUCCUGUUCUCCCGAGACGCACCGAGGCGUCGAGCUGUGCGUGUUGUGCUGCCACUGCGGCAGUCCCAGUCGCGGCACUCAGUGCGCGGCGUGCAAGCGUCUGAGCUUCCAGUGCGCCGUUUGUCACGUGGCCGUUCGAGGCUCCUCCCACUUCUGCCUGAGCUGCGGCCACGGCGGUCACACGGGUCACAUGAUGGACUGGUUCCGGAAGCGCGACCAGUGCCCGGCGGGCUGUGGGUGCCGCUGCCUGCGGCAGAGCAACUUUUGA